AUGGAGGCCGAUGGCAUGCCCGCUAAACUUCUUCGUCUCAUUAAGGGCUACUACCGGUCGACGCGAGCCCGUGUUCGUGCUUAUAGUGAGGAGUCGGAGAUGUUUGAGGUGAAGACUGGUGUGCACCAAGGGUGUGCUCUAUCCCCUACCCUAUUCAACUAUACAAUCGAAUACAUCCUCGGCAAGGCCCUUCGGGACUACGCUGGAGUUGCGGUUGGUCGGAAUGUCAGGGUUUCCUUCUUUCUUUAUGUCGUCGUCGUCGUCGUCGUCUCUCUCUCUCUCUCUCUCUUUCAGAUCUUUUCCUUUUCUUUUGCAUUCUUUCUCUUCCUCGAACUUGUUCUCUCUCUCUCUCUCUCUCUCUCUCUUCAUUUGUUUUCCCCUCCUUCCUAUUCUUCCACUUUCCGGCAUUUCGAUCCAUUUAAACCCUUUUCUCUGUCAUCCAUUCUUUAUUUCUUCCCCUCUCUCCCUUCUCUUCCUUCUCUCUUUCUUGAUCUAUCUUUCUUUCUUCAUAUCUUCUAUACUGUUCAUUCUUUCUCCCCCCCUCUCUCUUUCGUACUGCCCUUUUCUCUAUUUCUUUUAUACCCACUCUUCUUUUCUUUUCAAUCUUCUUUACCCACUCUCUAUAUCUCUCUCGCUUUCUCCCUACUCUUUUCCUUUUUCUUUUCGUCCCUAACCCUAAGACAAUUAUUUUUCCUCCAAUUCUCCGAUGUUGGUUUUCUCCUCUCUACCGGUGCUUGUCGCCUCUACAGCGACAUUGUUAAGGGCCAAACAGAAUCAUUUACACGCAAAUCGACGCAGGAAAUGUGGGAACGCAGCAAGGCGCUUGCAGCGGGGUGGAGACAAAAUCUUUACACGUUCGUUUGCAUGCGUGCGAAACACUUUCACUGGCACAACCAGUGCAACUCAAUGUUUGCUACUUGCAAUGGGUUGUUCCUUAGUGGCACCUACAUUGGCAUCGCUAUCAGUGUAAUGCUAACGGGAGGCAGAAGCAUAACGUUAGGUGCAACUGACAAGGCAUAUUUCAGUUUGGGCUGA